AACUACCCUCGUAUCCAACUACCCUUUGUUCUUAACAUAAUAAUAACCAUCAUCAUAAAAAUUGCAUCAACCGUUUCAACACGUUUUGUGUUUUCCACAUGAGUUAAUGAGAAACGGUAUAUAUCAAGGUGAUAUAAAUAUGGAACAGGUUAAGAAUAAGAGAGGAAGAGAAGAUGAUGGAGUUGAGAUUGUGGAGUCUUCUUUUGAGAACAACACCGCAAAGAAGAGAAAUGUCUAUGGCAUAAGCUUCACGAAGGAGAAUAAGGAAAUGGAAGAGAAAGAGGCAAUGGGAGUGUUUGAUUUCCCUUGGCUGAAAGAUGGUGUCACAUCCAAAUCAGAUGAUCAAUGCUGGGAUUUUGAAGACAAUUUCUUGUCAUCUCUAGAAGGCCAAGACACUUUGUUCAAUGCUGGUGAUGAUUUCUGUGAGGAAUAUGCAUAUGAUUUGUGUGAAACUCCUGAGUCAUCAAUGGCUCAUGUUCAAGAAGCCAAGUUGGUUGAGGAUUAUGGGUUGGAGCUGGAAGUAGAAGAUGGAGAUUGUAUUUGGAGCUUUCUGCUCAACAAGCCUCUUUAACAUGAACAUUGGGACAUUCAAACAUUAUGUGAGGAAUUUAAUUCAUGAUAUUUUUCGAGUUGUGUAAGGCAUCAACUUCAUUCCAUUUCAUCACACAGACCCUACUAAAUAAUAGAUUAAAAUUUGAACCUAGAAUCUCAAGGUGAUGUAUGUAAUGCACAACCAAUGACCAGUUGAUGGCACAGUAUAUGGCAUGGUCCUGAAAAUUGAAAUCCAAUUCUGUUUGCAAAUCAAGACAAAGGGGAAUUUUGUGAACAUGAUAUAAAUUAGAGAGAAAUUUGUAGUUAUGUGGAGUUACUAUGUUUUUAUGUUUUGA